CGCCAUCUCAGCAUAUUUCUCUGUAACUCAACUUAGAAAGCAGCUAGAAGAUGUCUGGACGCGGAAAAGGAGCGGGAAAGGUUCGAGCCAAGGCGAAGAGCCGCUCCUCUCGGGCCGGGCUUCAGUUCCCCGUCGGCCGUGUCCACAGACACUUGAGGAAGGGUAACUACGCCCAGCGUGUCGGUGCCGGAGCUCCGGUGUACCUGGCGGCGGUGCUGGAGUAUCUGACCGCUGAGAUCCUGGAGCUGGCCGGGAACGCUGCCCGCGACAACAAGAAGACCCGUAUCAUCCCCCGUCACCUGCAGCUGGCCGUCCGCAACGACGAGGAGCUCAACAAGCUGCUGGGCGGAGUGACCAUCGCUCAGGGCGGCGUGCUGCCCAACAUCCAGGCGGUCCUGCUGCCCAAGAAGGCCGAGAAGGCCAACAAGAAGUAGACUCCCGGAACAACAACAACAACAACAACGGCUCUUUUAAGAGCCAC